ACCGAUCAAGGCUAUGGAGGGCGCAUCGCGUGAUCUCCCUCAGGACAUCUUGAUGGACAUCUUCGCCACCCUCGAGAUCCCCGACCUCGUCCGUGCCGGCUCGGUCUGCUCCUCCUGGCGCUCCGCCUACUCGAGGCUGCGCAGCCUUGGGCACUACACACGCCCCCAGACACCGUGCCUCCUCUACACAUCUGAAUCUGCCGGCGAGAGCGUUGCUUGCCUCUACAGCCUCGCGGAGAAGCGGACGUACAAGCUGACUCUCCCAGGGCCACCUAUCAGCAGCAGGCAUCUGAUUGGGUCCUCGCAAGGCUUGCUCGUUACAGUUGAUGACAGAUCUGAGAUGCACCUUGUCAAUCCCAUCACCGGUGAACAGAUUGAUCUCCCUUCGGUGAUCACCAUUGAGCAAGUGAAGCCCGUCUAUAGUGACUCUGGUGCUCUUCACAAGUACGAGUUCUCAUGGCACUCCGCAGCAAGGGUUUACGGUCCGCCAUCGGUCUCGGCUCCGGAAGAGCUGAGGAGCAAGCUUCACCAUAAAGCCUUUGUGUUUUCUGACGAUACGUGCAAUGGAUACAUUGUGGUGCUCAUACACAAUCCAUUUUGCCAGCUCUCGUUUGCAAGGGCAGGGGGUGACAGUUGGAUAUGGCUGCCACCACACACCCACUAUGACGAUUGCAUUUACAAGAACGGCCUGCUGUAUGCGGUCACUUCAUUUGGACAAAUUCAUGCUUUCGAUCUAAGUAGCCCUGUUGUUACGAUGAAGAUGAUUACAGGUGAGUCCGAUCUUGAGGACCGGUUUCUGAAUGCUUACAUUGUGCAAGCUCCAUGGGGCAAUCUUCUUCAAGUGUGGAGACUAUAUGAGCACUGCGAUUUAGAACCCGAGCCUGGGGCAUCUGUGUUUUGGAACACCGGAGAGCUUAUAAUAUAUGAAGUCGAUGCUUCGUCAGGAGAGAGAACUAAGAAAACCAGUUGCUUGCGCGACCAUGUGUUGUUUCUUGGGCACAAUCAAUCACUCUGUCUUGCUGCUCAAGACUAUCCGGCUCUCAAGGGAAACCAUGCCUACUUUACCGAUGACAAUGUGCUCUGGACAAAGGGAUUCAAGAACAACCCCCGUGACAUGGGAAUUCUCGACUUGGGUAAUAACGGCAGGGAGGAACUUGUGUCUCCCCAGCUUUGCUCCAACUGCCCGGCUCCCGUGUGGAUGACACCCAAUCUUAGAAAGAUGAAAUUGGCUUUCAAUGAAUAGGUUUAGCUUCCUUUAUCUAUAAUCAUAUGUAAUAAUUAUUUAGUUUGGUAGGCGAUGGUUCUGUGUUGAUCUACACCUUUUUUUAUGUGUUUUGGCACUCUACUCGUACACUAGACCAAGUUCUUCAAGAAGUUUCAUGGUAAGUGUAUGCCAAAAUAUGAGAAAUAAAAGUAGACUUGUCCAAAAACAUCAUCAUGCACCAUACAAAAAGACAAGAUUGUACUUAUAUAUUACAAAACAUGAGUGCAGUCUUUUUUCGAUUUAUCCUAAUUACAAUAUAUAAGGACCAUAUUUUUGCACAAAUUAUGCAUUUUCUCAUAUUUAUCAUGUACUAGUGCACAAAUUAUACAGGGAGUUGGCAUGCUAUUUGCUGAUGUAGAAGAUAAGUGCUGACAUUUGUGAUAGAUAAGCAUGAAAAUGUGCAUGAUUGUUCUUUCAAAAUGCACAUGUGG